CGGCUGAGAUUAUCUCGUCUACAAAAAAUUUACCGUCAACCGGUCCUAAGUCCUAACAAUUUGAAUUCCUAUAACCAUUUCUCUCUCUCUCUCACACACACACACAUUCUCUCUCUAAUGUGCACCGAGUUCAUCGUACCAUUGAUCAGGUAGGAUCUCUUACAUCUUAAGGUGUGACACAUAAUGAAUUUGGGAAGACAUUUUGGAGAGAGUUUUCGACCUUUGGAUGUUGGAUUAUCCAGAUUUGCCUUUGUCUUUGACCAUGGAAAGUGAUAAAACCAGCACGACGCCUUCAGAUGAUAUCAGUAGUCUGCAAAGAGUUCAGCCUUCGCACGGGAGGACGAGUGGUCCUAAGAGACGUUCCAGUCAGUGGACUCCCGAGGAGGAUGAAAUCUUGCGCCAAGCUGUCCAACAGUUUAAGGGGAAAAGCUGGAAAAGGAUUGCGGAAUGUUUUAAGGACCGGACAGAUGUGCAAUGCUUGCACAGGUGGCAGAAAGUUCUUGAUCCUGAACUUGUCAAAGGCUCAUGGACUAAGGAGGAGGAUGAUAAACUAAUCGAAUUAGUGAACAGAUAUGGCCCCAAAAAAUGGUCCACCAUUGCACAAGAGUUAGCAGGACGUAUUGGAAAGCAAUGCCGGGAAAGGUGGCACAAUCAUCUGAAUCCUGCAAUAAACAAAGAACCUUGGACACAAGAGGAGGAAUUGACUCUAAUUCGUGCCCACCAAGUUUAUGGAAACAAGUGGGCAGAGUUAGCAAAAGUUUUGCAUGGAAGGAGUGACAAUGCAAUAAAGAAUCAUUGGCAUAGUUCUGUUAAAAAGAAACUGGACUCAUAUUUGGCAUCAGGUUUACUUGCACAGUUCCCUGCUCUACCUAAUGUCAACCAUCAGAACCAAUCAGUCCCUUCUUCUUCUAUGACGUUGCAACAAAAUAGUGAAGAUGAAAGCGUUCACAAAGAAGGAACAGAAGCGGAGGAUAGUUCUGUUAAAAAGAAACUGGACUCAUAUUCGGCAUCAGGUCUACUUGGACAGUUCUCUGCUCUGCCUAAUGUCAACCAUCAGAACCAAUCAGUCCCUUCUUCUUCUAUGACGUUGCAACAAAAUAGUGAAGAUGAAAGCGUUCACAAAGAAGGAAUGGAAGCGGAGGAAGUGCCUGAAUGCAGUCAAGGCUCGAAUUUUGCUGGCUGUUCUCAGUCUACAAGUGACUUGGGCAACACAUUUGUGCAUAUAAGAGAGAACGGUGGGAUGUCGGAGGAAUCAAUUUGUAAAAAGGAUGCAACCUCCAGCACUGCUCCAUGUUGUAGGAACUAUAGCCCAGUUUUUCAAGAUGUUUCUUGUUCAAUGUUAAAAGUUCCUAGUGAACUUGCGGAUUCCAAGUUCCUUGAGCAUAAUUUAUCACAUGACUGGGGCAAUUCCAUGGAAGAAGAUUGGCAGUUUAAUAGGGAUGACAUACCUAAUAUUUCUCCUCCGGAGUUUAUUCAGGAAUCUUCAGGGAUUUCCGUGCACUGUUUAACUGGCAACGACAACCAUGACAUGGUAGCAACUGCUAAUGUAGGAAACGUGGUUGAGGAUCCAUAUAAGCCCAACGAAAUGUUUGUUUCUGUGGACGGUUCCAUGAUGGUAUACCCCGAGGAAGGAAUUCCUCAAUGCUCUCCGUCUGAAACUGGGGUUAAUGGCUGUGGUCAACCUUCAUAUUCUUUAUUUUACCAAUCAUCAAACUAUCAGAUCCCUGAAGCAGGAGAUAUGGUUCCACAAAACUGCAAUGCUUUAAAUUUUGAUGAUUUUGAAGCUUCAUUCCAUCAGCCAUUUUCUGUUCCUUCACAAUUUUCUUCAGAGGAUAGAUCGUCUGUGUUUGACAUUGUUUUAAAUCAGUUCCAUAAUCCUCCGCUUGAAGGCCCAGAUCAUAUGAAAGAUUCCUCAAGGAUAGUUCCCGUGAAUGAUAUUGGCUCAACUACAUCAAACACUGUUCAAACAUGUCUGCUGAAUGAAAAUUCAUUUGUACAAGAAGAGCAGAAAGAUGGAGGAGCUUUAUGCUAUGACCCUCCUCGUUUUCCAAGCUCGGAUGUUCCUUUCUUUUGUUGUGAUCUUAUACAAUCUGGUUCAGAUACACAGGAAGAGUAUAGCCCUUUUGGCAUCCGGCAGUUGAUGAUGACUUCGGCGAACUGCCUUACUCCAUUAAGGUUGUGGGAUUCACCAUCAAGAGAUGAUAGUCCAGAUGCUAUCUUGAAAAGUGCUGCCAAAACUUUUACAGGGACACCUUCUAUACUAAAGAAGCGACAUCGUCAUUUACUGUCGCCUUUGUCAGAAAAGAGAUGUGAGAAAAAGCUUGAAAGCAAUCUCAAUCAGGAAUCAUUCUAUAAUAUGUCUACAAACUUUUCCCGACCAGACGAUAUGUUUGAUGAGUCAGCAAAUGAAAAAGCAUCUAUGGAAGACAAAGAAAAUCUACAUCCAUCCUCAGAAGAUGGAAGAAAAGAGGAGGGCGAAAUUUCUGGAGCCAAUGAUGCAACGGGAAUGGUAAAACAGCAUCCUGGAGUGCUGGUUGAGCUUAGCUCAAAUGACUUGUUCUUUUCUCCUGAUCGUUUCUUAAUCAAGUGUGAUAGAGCUACAAGUCUAAGUAAUAAAGCUCUGGGUAGGCAGUAUGCUAGACGACUUGAAGCUGCAUCAAAUCAAGUUACUGUUUCGUCCUCUUUUGAAACUUCAUGCUUGUCUGUUGUAUGCUCUCCUGACAUAUGUGGGAAGCAUAGAGGCAGUGUUGUCAUAGCUACAUCAACUGCUUUGGAGAAUACAGCUGAAGAUUCUGAAAAUGGAUUUGGUGCUGAGACUUUAAGCAUAUUUGGAGAGACACCUUUUAAAAGGAGUUUUGAAUCUCCUUCAGCAUGGAAAUCUCCAUGGUUCAUGAGUUCUUUUCCGCCAAGCACAAGAUAUGAUACAGAACUUGAAUUUGAGGAUCUUGCCCUUUUUAUGAGCCCGGGUGACAGAAGCUAUGAUGCUAUUGGGUUAAUGAAGCAAUUAAGUGAGCAGACAGCACCUUCAAUUGCAGAUGCCCAUCAGAUCUUGGGAAGUGAAACUCCAGAAACAAACUUGUCGAAAAGGAAUUCCAAAAAACCGAAAGCAGAUGAAAAUUGUACCCUUCUGGCUUCAAAUGCUACGAGUGAGAGACGAACACUCGAUUUUAAUGAAUGUGGAAUUCCAGGAAAGGGAAAGGAAACUACCAAAUUUGGCAGCAACAACAACAGCUUUUCAAGUCCUUCCUCCUACCUGUUGAAAUAUUGCAGAUAAACAAGUCUUUUUAAGGUAGAACUUUCAGCAGUAACAUUUUUAAGAUUUACAUGUGUGUGCGUAUAUAUAGUAUACACGGAAGUGGCAACUUCUGUGCUUGUUGCUAAUGUUAUUGUGGAAAUGUUUGGCUGUCAAUUUUCUCCCGAGUUGGCCAUUUAAGAUUGGCUUUUUUGUCAACAGUAAGUUGAGACAACUGCAACAAGGAAAAAACUGGUUCGCGAACAAAUGAAUGCAAGACAUUUGUCUGACGAUAUAUUUGAGGGUACCAAUUGAAGUUA